AUGGUACGCGGAGCAAGUGGCGUCCAAUCGCGUGUUCAACCUGCAAGCCAAACUGUUGAAAUACUGCCAAUCCGACGUCCGGAUCCUGAAACAGGCGUGUACCCUCUUCGAGCGCGAAUUCAGGGGCAUUUGCGGGUUCGACCCCUUCGAACAAUGCAUCACCAUCGCCUCGGCGUGCAACGUGGCCUACCGUCGCCAUUGGAUGUGGCCCCGAACCCUGGCCGUCGAACCCCUGCACGGCUGGCAUCCGCAGAUCCGUCAAUCGAGAGUUGCCUUGGAAUGGUUGUACCACCUGGAACGGAUCCUGCCCCCACCCACGGACGGUGAACCGCGCCUACGCCACAGCCGUAACGGAGGCGAAGUGCUGUUCCGGAUCGGCGAGCAUCGCUACCACGCGGACGGCUACGAUCCGCGCACCGGGUUCGUGUACGAAUUCUACGGGUGUUUCUACCACGGGUGCCCCGAAUGUUUUCCUCAACGACACCAGCGGCACGCCAAACUCGACGGGGCCACGCCCCACGAACUGUACACGCGCACGGUCCAACGGGCCGAGCAUAUUCGUCAAGGCGGUCACGUGGUGGUCGAAAAGUGGGAGUGCGAAUGAGACGCCCAAAAGAGGGAGGAUCCCGAGUUGCGCCUGUGGGCCGAGACCCUGGAUCUGGUGACGCCCCUGGAUCCCCGCGAGGCCUUCUUCGGCGGACGGACCGAAGCCGUGCGAGCCCACUGUCAGGCCCAGCCGGACCAACACAUCUUCUACGACGAUUUCACGUCCCUGUACCCGUGGGUCAAUAAGAACUGCAAGUACCCCGUGGGUCAUCCCGUCAUUCACACGCAGUUUACCUGCCAGACCCCCGAAGACUGGGACCGACUGGUGCGCCAGCAAUCGUACGGGUUGGUCCAAUGCCGCGUCCUGCCGCCUCACUACCUGUUUCAUCCCGUGCUGCCCGUCCGCGUGGCCGGCAAGUUGUUGUUUCCCCUGUGCGUCCAAUGCGCCCGAGACCAAGUGCCCCUGCCCUGGACGGAACGCACCCACGUCUGCGACCACACCCCUCGCGAACGAGCCUUCGUGGGGACCUGGUGCACACCCGAAUUGGUCCCGGCCCUGGACCAAGGGUACGUGCUCCUCCACAUCUACGAACUGUGGCACUUUCGUCAGACCUCCACCACCCUGUUCAGGGAUUACAUCAAUACCUGGAUCAAAGUGAAACAGGAAGCCGACGGCCGGCCCUCGCCCGAGGUGGAAAAAGAUCCCGCCUUGCAGAUCGAGUACCUGGAAGAGUUUCGAAGCGUCGAAGGGGUGAUCCUCGACCCGGCCAAGAGACCAAGACCAAGUGCCCCUGCCCUGGACGGAACGCACCCACGUCUGCGACCACACCCCUCGCGAACGAGCCUUCGUGGGGACCUGGUGCACACCCGAAUUGGUCCCGGCCCUGGACCAAGGGUACGUGCUCCUCCACAUCUACGAACUGUGGCACUUUCGUCAGACCUCCACCACCCUGUUCAGGGAUUACAUCAAUACCUGGAUCAAAGUGAAACAGGAAGCCGACGGCCGGCCCUCGCCCGAGGUGGAAAAAGAUCCCGCCUUGCAGAUCGAGUACCUGGAAGAGUUUCGAAGCGUCGAAGGGGUGAUCCUCGACCCGGCCAAGAUCGAACGCAACGAGGGUCGACGCACGUUGGGCAAAUUGAUGGCCAACAGUUUCUGGGGCAAAUUCGGCCAACGCACCAACAAGACCCAGGUGACCACCUGCAAGGACCCCGAGAGCUUCUUCGACAUCUUUCUCGACGGCAAACGCGACAUCCAUCGCAUCCUGCCCGCCGGCGAACAGAUGAUCGACGUGUACCACUCGUUCAAGGAAGACGUGGGCGAACUGGGCACCAACACCAACAUCUUCGUGGCCGCUUUCACCACCGCCCACGCGCGCGUCAAACUGUAUCACGACGGACUGCUCCCCCUGCACACCCGCGUCCUGUACAUGGACACGGAUUCCGUGGUGUACCUGGCCACCCAAGGCGAGACCCAUCUGCCGCGAGGACGUUUCCUGGGCCAAUUCAAGGACGAACUGAAAGGCGACGUCAUCAACGAAUUCGUGGCCGGCGGAACCAAAAAUUACGCCUACCGCACCCGUUCGGGACAAGAAUGCUGCAACGUGCGCGGUUUCACCCUCGACGCCCGGGGACAAGCCGUCCUGAACUUCGAGAGCGUCCGAAGCCUGGUGCAACUAGACAUGAACGAGCCUCUGGAUCGUCCCAGAACGCUGUCCGUCGACAACCCCCAUCACAUCGUACGGAACGUCACCGACAAGACGCUCCAUUCCGUGCCGCAACGCAAGACCUACUGCAUGGUCCAAGACAAACGG